UUUGUCAAGUUUUGACGUUUCAUGAAAAGAAAACAAUCAAAAACAGUCGAAAAACAGUAGUGAAUUUGUGAACUAGAAAACUAGAACGUUUACUUUCUGGUUAAAAUUAUGAGAAUAUUUCUAACAUUAAAUUAGUAAAAUACCUGAUUUUAUAGUAAAACAAUUCAUGGAAAAUGUCUAGCCAUAUAUUUAACGUUUUAAAGCAAGCUAUAGUUACUUUUACUUCGAAAAAAGCCAAACCCGAGACCUUUGCAACAAAUUUACAAAAUUUAAUAGCAUUGUUGGAUAAGACAACAGCAGAGCAUGUUAAUUUGCCGUCACAUUUUUUGAACCCGGAUCUAUGGAACAACCCUGACAAGGCACCCGUAAGUUGUAUUGGAGUGUAUGAAGAUGACCAAGUAUCGAUGGGGAUAUUUAUAUUAAAGCCGAAUGGUAAAUUACCCCUUCACAAUCAUCCACAGAUGCAUGGUUUAAUUAAGGUUAUUGCCGGUCGAGUAAAAAUAGUCAGCUAUUCAAUAGACACUGAAAAGACUAAAGAAAUUGACGAGAAGAGCUUUCAAGGUGAAACUCCUCCAGUAUUGUUGAGACACAAGUCCAAAUACGGGAUUGUUACAGCAGAACUCGGUGACAUUACAGUAGCAGAUACAAGUAGUCCUACAUGUACUUUAGAACCAGAUUUCAAAAAUCUGCAUGAAAUUCAAAGUUUAGAUGAGCCAGCAGCAUUUCUAGAUAUUUUAGCUCCACCCUAUGACUAUCCUUUAGAGGAGUGUGCUUCUCGACAUUGUUCCUAUUACACUAGAUUAAGCCAAGUUGCUCCUAAUAUAUUUCGUUUACAAGAAAUCAGAUCACCAAGCUGGUAUUGGACUGAUUCGUACCCAUAUACCGGACCAGAUUUAUUUGAAUUAAAUGUUUCUUAAUGUUACUAAUAAAUGCUUAAGUUUCUUGCCUAAACAGUCUUCAUUUUAUUUGUUGGUGACUUUUCUCUUGUGUAAAUAAUUGUUUUUAUGUUAAUAGAGUUAUUUAUUAUUAGUCAAUUAAGUAAAAUUACUUAGAUUAUAUUUUUUAUGUUAUGUUGUUUCUUAAUUGGUUUAUGUUAUCAGCUGUUUAGGUAUUAUUUUAUGUACGACCAAAGCUUAGGGUGAAAAUAUUCUUGCCAAAUUAAUUUUAUUUUAUA